AUGGAUCAAUUGAGGCAGAUCAUCUCCUUAGUCCAGCUUAUCUACAACCAGUGUGAAGAGAUGAAAUACUGCCAGAAACAGUGCUGACAUCUAAGGAGCCAUGUCCAUGGCCUGCUGCAGCCUCUGCAAAUGCUCCAGGCCCAAGGAGAGAGGAACCUGCCCACCGAGAUAACCACUGCCCUGAAACGUUUCCAGGCUGCCCUAGAGGAAGCUAAGGAGUGGAUAGAUAAGUUCAGCAGUAUCCAGAAGUUUCUAACAGUAGGGCAUGACAGAAUACUGUUCACUGGAGUGAACAAGAGGCUGAGAGAUGUCUGGGAGGAGUUCUCACUGCUGCUUCAGGUGGAUCAACAGAUGCAUAUUUCAAGCAUCAGCCCAGGAGCAUUCUGGCAACAGGAAGAUCAGUAGGAUGCAGAGGAAGACAGGAAGGUUAUCCAAGGACUGAGAAGUGCUCAUGGCCGCCAUCUGCAGAGGAAUAUCCAUGGGCACUGGAGCCCCUCGGCCCUGAGAGCUGAAAGUGCCCGGGAGCUUCAUAGCCACCUGUCCCUAUCCCUGUUCCUCUCCCCCAACCCCACCCAGUCCACAGUCAUUGAACAACAGGUGCUGCACCAUUUGGAAACACCUGCAGAACUCCACAGAAACAUCAGCAGCACGAGCUUCCUGGUGACUAAAGACUGCAACGUGAAGCUUGCAGGAUUUGAGUUGAGCAAAACACAGAUUUCCAUCAGCUGACCAACUAAAGAGAAAGAAGCAGAGAGAGCCAAUUCUGCCGCAUACAUCUCACCUCAGAGACUGGAAAAUGUGUAUAAUAAAUAUGACAUAAAAGCUGAAAUAUACAACUUUGGAAUCGUCCUCUGGGAAAUCACCCCUGGGAAAAGCCCAUUUGAAGGCUGUGAUUCCAAGAAGAUCUACCAGCUGGUGGCUGUGGACCGGCACCAGGAGCCAGUGGAUAAAGAUUGCCCUUCACAGUUGCAGGAGAUCAUUGAUGAUUGCUGUGCAUAUGAGCCCUCCAGGAGGCCCUGUGUUAAAGGUAGGGCUUUUUCUGGUCUAAAGAGCAUGGGCCACAUGUGUUACUUAACAUUUGUGAAAGAUUUUCCUUAUGUAUCACAACCAGGGGUUGUUUUGCCCUUCGGGGGACAUUUGGCAAUGUCUAAAGACAUUUUUGGCUGUCACAACUCAGGGGAGGUGGGGUGGGGUGGACAUGCCAUUGGCAUCUAGUGGAUAGAAGCUUCUCAACAUCCUACAAGGCACAGGACAGCCCCCUACAACAAAGAUUAUCCGGCCCAGAUAUCAAGAGCACUGGAGUUCAGAAACCCAGCCCUAAGGGCAUUGUUUAGUCUAAAGUUGGGUUGCGAAGGCAGAUUACUCCAGCCUAUAUUCUUUCUCUCCCUUCCUACUCUUUUAUCAACAUCCUGGGGGUAAUUUCCUCUACUCAGACUUUUUUUUUUUUUGCGGC